UGGUAUGCAGCGAAUUAGCAUUUUCACACAUUCUGGUUUCAAAAAGAAAACCCCUAGGCCUAUCAGAGAAUGAAUGUGGUUUUGGGAAGAUAACUUGUUUGAGAGACCCUGCAUUCUCAGCUGCUAGGGGACGUGUGCAGUGCAGAAUGGGACUGUCCCCUGUACCAUUUUGAACCAAAAAGAUCUUUAAAAAAGAACCCAGAUUGGAAAAUCCUUACUUUUGACGUCUGUUAUCACUUCGUUACAAAAAAAAUACAAAUUGUGGCUGAAAAUAAACUGUGAUCACCAGAAUCAAUAAAGUUGAUCUGAAAGCAUAUAUCUUGGAAUACAUUUCACUAACUUUUCGAUGUGGACAGUGAUUUUUUUCUAAAAACAUUUCUAUGGAGAAUCUCAUUCAUUUCGCCCAGCGUUAGAAACGGUACCACUAGGUGGCGCCUCGAUCCCUUUCCCACUGAGCCUGUUCACAACUGGCUGUGGGUUUGUGUUUGUCGAAUCUGUUGACUGGAAAAGGCAGAUUUGCCAUCCGGGAGAGCGACACGUCAUUUCGGACUCCAAGCACGGAAGCGUGUGGUCCGACGAUACUGCUGCUGUCGUACUCGCCCAGUAUAACAACAUUUAACAUAGAAGUAGCUAGGACUUCAUCGGAAUGGGUGGCUUUUUCUCUAGUCUUUUCUCCGGCCUUUUUGGUACCCGGGAGAUGAGGAUUCUGAUUCUCGGACUAGAUGGCGCUGGCAAAACAACCAUUCUCUACCGUCUACAGGUUGGGGAGGUCGUCACAACGAUCCCAACCAUUGGUUUCAACGUGGAGACGGUGACAUACAAGAACCUGAAAUUUCAGGUUUGGGAUCUUGGUGGCCAGACCAGUAUCAGGCCAUACUGGCGGUGUUACUACUCCAACACGGACGCCGUCAUCUACGUAGUGGACAGCAGCGACAGGGACCGCAUGGGCAUCUCCAAGUCUGAGCUGGUGGCCAUGUUGGAGGAGGAGGAGCUGAAGAAGGCCAUCCUGGUGGUAUUUGCCAACAAGCAAGACAUGGAGCAGGCCAUGACCCCCACUGAGGUGGCCAACUCUCUGGGCCUCCCCGCCCUCAAAGACAGGAAAUGGCAGAUCUUCAAAACCUCUGCAACCAAAGGCACAGGCCUGGACGAGGCCAUGGAAUGGCUUGUUGAAGCACUGAAGAGUCGGCAGUAAGCAAACAGAUCCCCGCCCCAUCAACCAUUACCACCUGUAAAUACUCCUGACCUUUGACCUCCACCAGAAAGACUCCUGAUUGGCUGCCCUCUGGACCAGUGACUGCGCUCUUGCCUCAUUGUGUGAAGGCCACUCCCUUUGUCUCUCUCGGGCAGCCCCCCCUUACACACACACAUACCACACAUAGGAGUGGCCAUCGUGUAUGUGUGUGUGUGUGGGUGGUAUCAGGAGCCGAGUAAAGGCAGCGCCCUGACACCCCCCUCUCGCUGUUGCACUGGGAGCAGCUUCUCGGCGUCAAACGUUUGAUCAGAAGCUGUAAGAGGACGGAGGAAACAGCACCCAGGUCAGCCGUAUGAGGCAGGCUGUUCCCUCCUGCAGCCCUGCUGUGCCCGCGAGACUGUGAUUCUCAGUAGAUGGACUCGCUCUGAAAAUGACUCUACAGCUGUACUUGUGUUACUCUCUUCUUUACUGCAUUGUUUCCUCUCUUGUGCUGAUAGUCAUUUUGAUCAAUAACAAUCAACCCAAACCCCUUGUCCUGAUUCCUCUACAUCCUUUUUUUUUUAAAACUAAACUGAUAAUUAUUUUGUUUGUUAUAUAUAAUCUUUGUUUUGCCUUGUUUGGGUUUUUUUCAUCUACAUUUGUCUCCUAUAGAAAUUGAUGUUGCUGCUUUGGUAUCUAACUUUUGGUAUUUGAGUACUUAACCUAUUUAAGAGUAAAUGUCAUUUGUAUGCGAUGGAUUUGUAAUGGCAUAUUUAUAUGAGAGAAUGCACAGGUGUUGCAUCACCUUCAGUAUGACCCUGGGGCAGUGACCUUGCUGUAAUAAAACAACGGUGUUGACUUGG